AUGCCAGUCCUCAACAUACCCCGGUGCAAGGAUGCGCAAGUCGCCUACGAGUUUAAUCGGCUAAACGGCGGGUUGGCGUAUGCAGAGAUGCAGAUCCCAUUCAAUUGCGAAACGAGCAACACCGGCAUCGGCAGACCAUCAAUUCAUAAUCCAACCACGGCGUUAGGUGCUAACACGGUAUCCGAUGUUUUUGACGAUGCACCGUCGACAUCUACGGAUGAUACGCCGUCACCCUCGAUUCAGCAGUCCACGGCAAGUUCGCUUACUGAUGGCAGUUCAUCGUCGAGCCAGGCCGCAGCGAGCUCCGUUGAAGAUGACUCGCCCACUAACUCCACUGCGUCAAACGCAACUGCGACGGAUACUGCGCACGAGACACCGUCCGCUUCAACUUUUGGGUCAACCAGCUCGUCGCGCCCACGACAAGGUCUUGUCUACAUUUUCACGGUUGUGUUCAUGGCAAUGCUAGCCCUUCAGUGA